UUUCCGUGACAGAGGUUGCUCGUAGAAGCUAGCAUCCUUCUCUCGGAUUGCUGGUCGUUCAGGGAAAUAAAUCAUGAAUUGCCGCUCGGAGGUUCUCGAGGUGACCGUGGAGGCGCGGCAGGUCGAUGAAGCGAUGCUGGCGCUGCUGCACACCAUCCUGCUGCACCGCAGCACCGGGAAAUUCCACUACAAAAAGGAGGGCACGUACUCCAUCGGUACCGUGGGAACAGCAGACAGCGACUGCGAUUUCAUCGACUUCACCUUCGUCAGGGUGUCAUCUGAGGAGCUGGACAGGGUAAUCAGGAAGGCUGUCUGCGAGUUUAAGGAUGCCCUGAACAACUCCGGUAGUGACGGCAUGGGUCAGAUCUCUCUGGAGUUUUACCAGAAGAAGAAGUCCCGCUGGCCCUUCUCAGAUGAGUGCAUCCCGUGGGAGGUGUGGACCAUCAAAGUCAACGUCGUCAACCUGGCCAACGAGCAGGAGAGGCAGAUCUGCAGAGAGAAAGUGGGAGAGAAGCUGGGGGAGAAGGUCAUCAACGUGGUCGAGGUCAUAAACCGCAACGAAUAUCUGCCCAAAAUGCCCACGCAGUCUGAGGUGGACAAUGUUUUUGACACCAGCCUCAAAGACGUCCAGCCAUAUCUGUACAAAAUCAGCUACCAGAUCACAGAUUCACUGGGAACGUCUGUGAGCACCACCAUGAGGAGACUGAUCAAAGACACGCUGGCGCUGUGACAUCCCAAACAUCUGUGUUUCUGUAAAUCACAGAUUCUGUUUUAUUUUCCACCAGACUGUCUCUGAAGAGUACAGGUUUGGUGAAGAUUUCUAUUCCAAAUGUUGCCUCUGUAAAUCAUUGUACAUUAAAUCCAUAAAUGUUAACAGUC